AAUGAGUAGCUACUAGCCACAAAUUCCCUCUUCAAGAAAAAAAAAAGAAAAAAGAAAGGAUAACAACAACUCCCAAAAAGAAGAAGAAAAUGGCACUACAACUUCAACAUUUAUCAUCAUCAACAGCACCUAAAUUCACCACAUCUACUUCUCUAUUUCUACCAAAUUUCCAAAAUGUAUGUGUCUCAAAAUUAAAAAAUAUUAGAACCAUAACAAGUGUAAAAAAUAAUCAAAUAUUAUCAUCAUCAUCAAGAAUUAGAAUAAGAAGAGGUAUAUUUUUGUUUAGAAUAUCAGCUUCACUUUCACCUCUUGAUUUGACUGAAGAUAACAUUAUCCAAGUCCUAGAAGAUGCAAAGACUGAGUUGGCACAACUUUUUGAUACUUCAGUUGGGAUAACAGGGAAAGCAGAACUUGCAGAAGUGGAUGGACCUUAUGUGAAACUUAGACUAAGUGGAAAGUUUUGGCAUAAAAGGUCUACUGUUGUAGCAAGACUUGGUAAUUACUUGAAGCAAAGAAUCCCAGAAAUCUUGGAGGUAGAUAUUGAAGAUGAGAAACAAUUAGAUGAUAGCCCUGCAAACUUUUGAGAUUCGGAGCCGGUAGGAGUUGAAGAGAGGCCUUUCCGUUCGGUUCAAAUUCAGAUGGUGAAGUCCGCGCUCGUAUGGAAUGGUCCAAAGAAGCGCAUCAACCUGCCAAGGGACAAUGAGACGAGGCACUCGUUUUGUAGGAUCAUGCAGUAGGAACCAAAAUGGACUAAUAGUUGAGAACAAUUUGUCUUGAAAGCAGACAUUUAUUUCUUGAUGGUGUUUAUAAAAUUCUAAUGUUAUCUAAAA